GAAGGAGGCGGAGGAGGAGCAGUCAGUGCGCGAGGAGCAGCGGAGACACCGAGAGACACCGAGAGGAGGGACAGCGCGAGACACGGACCUGUUGGACUGUACGGAGUACCGAGCCUGAAGCCCCGCACGCCCCGCACGCCCCGCACACACUAACGCGUUUCACUGAUCUACCUGAGGACACCAUGCUGACGCAGCUCUGCCUCGUGCUCGUGUUGUCCGCCUCCGUGUGUCCAGAGUCGCAGGUGAGGGAGACGGAGACAUGGAUGCCCAUGAAGACCACACAGACGGCCGCCGCCGCAACACACCACGACCACGUGGAGUCAUCGGGAGGCGGACCCAACCACUCAGACUUCGGCUUCACGGACGACGAGGACGAUGAAGACUACGACAGCUACGACCACGAGGACGACGACGAGGAGCAGGACGACUUCUCUGGAUCCGGUGACAGAGCAACCACGGUGUCGCCUGGAAGACAGACCGAGACGUCCGCUCAGCCCGACGUGAACGACAACAAGAUCCCGGAGGUGGAGCGCCCGGCGAGGCCGACCAUCGACGAGGUCGGCAUCGUCCGGAACAGCAACGAGGUCCCGCUGCUGAGGAACGAGCCCGGCGAGGAGCAGCCGUCCAACGUCCUCAUGUCCCACGCCAGCGACGACAGCAUCUUCAGCAAGACGGAGGUCCUGGCAGCUCUGAUCGCGGGCGGCGCCGUCGGCCUGAUGUUUGCCGUCCUCCUCAUCCUCCUCCUCAUCUACCGCAUGAAGAAGAAGGACGAGGGCAGCUACGAUCUGGGGAAGAAGCCCAUCUACAAGAAAGCCCCCACCACAGAGAUCUAUGCGUAGACCGCCGCCUCCUCCACCUCCCUCCUCCGUCACCACACUCACAAACACACACCUCACCUUUAAAAACUCAAUCAGUGCCUCGUCUUCAUCAUACCUCCUCCUCCUCCUCGCCUUCCUUCAGCGGAGUGACGCUCUAACCAAUCAGGAGAGAGAAGCCCCGACAACACAAUCGAUUGACUGACUCCUCCUACCUGAUGUAUGCUAAUACUGUUGGUGCUCUCUUAACCAAUCAGAGGCUCCGUCGGUCCAAAAAAAGGAGCGACAGGAUUGGACGAUUUCAGCUGCGGUACGCCGUUUUAUGUCUUGUUUUGAUUUUUUUUGUCCACGAGAAGAGAAAAAGCAGCAGGAGCUCGGUCGAGCUGGACGCCGCCUUCAGAUAACGACGCUAACGCUGUGGUGAUUGGUCCGUACGGUACGCGUCCACAGCCACUUAUUUAUUUCCCCUCUCGUCAUCCGGUUUGUUGGACUGCAGCUCCUCACGUCACCGUGGGAGACGGUUUUUAUGUGACUGUUUUUAUUUUUUAGGAUUGAAACAUCCUGCUCUGUCCAUCAUUUAAAGUUCUGGUUUAAUUUGUCACCCGGCCGUUAACGAGAGAAGAGACAGUCAAACGAGGGUCAACACACGUUUGGAAAAUGAUUUUUUUUUUUUCUGCAACAAACGAUGAUUCAGAUUAAAACGACCUGAAACUUCCUGUUUGUUUCAUGUCUCCUCACCGGGGGAAAAUCCCGCCGGGCCGGGCCGGCACGUAGCACAAGAUAAGUAAGCUAAAGUAGUCUGCAAGGAGAAUUAGCAAAUACUGUAUGACCCAGGUCACACACACACACACACACACACACACACACACACACACACUAUAAUCACUGCUGUGCCUGCAGGGUUUGUUUUUCUGUUAUUCUGGUGAACUGGAGUCAAACCAACAUGCUCCUACAAGGCGACACACCUACAUUCCUCACACACACACACACACACACACACACACACACACACUGUAACACACAGAGUUCAGUGGUGUGUGAAGCUGUUGACCUUCUUUCACAAAAAAAAACCUUCAACUAACUUAAAGGAACAGUUUGACGUUUCAGAGAAAAUCGCUCUCGUGUGUGUGUGUCUGUAAAUAUGUGGCUAGCUUAGCUUAGCAUAAAGACUGGUAACGGAUGGAAACUGCUAGCCUGGCUCUGUCAGAGUUGAACAUGUGAGCGCCUUCGUGCUAAGCUAAGCUGCUGACAGGUACGAGCGUGAUGUCACCGUUCACCUGCGAGGUCACACACACGCUUCCUGGUUAACCGUGAAAGUUUGAAGCUCUGUGAUCGGAGAAACUGGUAGUUUUGGUACUUUGUGUUUGUCUCGUUGUUUUCAGACCGCGGGUUCGAUGCUUCCUCGACAAGCGAACCGGCGGUCCGUGUUUUUCGUUCUGCGUCUCGGAGCACUCGCGGCGCCUCGAGCGCGUCCAUGCUCACAUUUCUUUAGCUGAAGAAGCAGCACAGACUGAUCUACCAAGGAUUUGUACAUAGUCAUUACAUGAAAACAAACAAAUAUAUUAACUUGGUACUUAGCCGUAUCCUGGCAACAACAAAUAUCUACCAAAUAUUUAAAUGCCAAAUUGUUUUUUCCUGUUUUUGUUUUUUUUUCCCGCGCAGUAACGUUCACGUGAUUUUACUGUAAAUGAUAAAAACUGUUUUGAUACGACGCUAACACUAACUCGCCUCCUCAUUGUUCUCCAGUAGAUCGACUUGUCAUUUUUUUGUAUUAAUUUAACUGUCAAAUUAUUUUAUUGCCUUCUUUCAGGUUGGGGUUUUCCCCUUUUUUAAGCUGUUGUAUAUGUGAUUUUAAAAGUUUUAUAUACACUAGUUUGAGAGAUUUUUUUUCAGAGGCAAAUAGUUUUGGAACUUUUUAUUUUGUAAGAGUUUCUAUUAUCUUUUUAGACUUGUUUUUUUUUUUGUUCUUUUGCUUUUUGUAUUUAUGUGUUUCGUUCGUAGAAGGAUUGCUUAUGUGGUCGGUGUUCAUCUCGUCGUUCAGGGGAUGAGCCGUGUCGCCGCUCGCAGACCUGGAACUGUUUUCAUGCUUCGAUUCUUUGUAGCUAAAAUCUUGCAAUCAAACUUCAACAGUUACUGAAACGUCUCGACGCUGGUUCAAGGUCUUCACCUCCAGUUAAAUCAACAAAAUCCUGAUUCGUGUAAAGUUCGACCUCAGACGGAGGAGAAACUCUCCAGGUCGGGAUUAAAAGUGUUAACCAGGUCCAGGUCUGCACGGCGAGCACGGGAGAGAAACGUUCUGUUCUGCUGCUUAAUGUCACAAACACCACAUGUGAAUCACCAAUGGAGUGGAGAAGCCAAUGAAUCAUUGGUUUCUGCAUGCAGGUUCUGAUUUAUUAUUGGAAAUAAAGCUAUUUUUAUGCACAUUAACAUUUUAAA